AUGUACAGGGUUAGCAGGUCUGUCCCCAAUGAUGGCUGUGUGAAGACAGAAGAGUCCUCACUGCCUCAACGAAAAGAAACUGAUCAUAGAGAGGACACACAGGGAGAGGACAUCAGCACAGAGACACAUGUCCACAGAGAGGACACACAGGGAGAGGACAUCAGCUCACAGACACGUGUCCACAGAGAGGACACACAGGGAGAGGACAUCAACUCUGACACUGACAUUGAUGAAGACUGGUGUGCUCCAAUCAGCUAUUCAGCUGCACAGAUGGAGACAGAGGCGGAUGGAGACCACUACAACCAAGUCCAGAUGAGAGCCAAAAGCACCACUGCACCAAACUCAGGUCUGUCCCCCAAAUACAAGUCUGCACCAGAGACCAGAGCCACUGUGGACAAUGGGGACGUGUCAGGAACAGCCGAAGGAGUUGCGGAGAAGAAACACCAAUGCUCUGUUUGUAAAAAGAGAUUUGGCUUCAAAAAUAAUUUAAAAAGACAUUUUAGAGUUCACAGAAGAGAGAAACCUUACAGCUGCUCUGUCUGUGAGAAAACAUUUACUCAAAAGAGUACACUCACAGACCACAUGAGAACACACACAGGAGACAAACCUUACAGCUGUUCUAUCUGUGAGAAAGCAUUUACUCUAAAGAAUCAUUUAAAAGACCACAUGAGAACACACACUGGAGACAAACCUUACAGCUGUUCUGUCUGUGAGAAAGCAUUUACUCUAAAGAGUACUCUCACCAGCCAUAUGAGAACACACACAGGAGACAAACCUUACAGUUGUUCUGUCUGUGAGAAAGCUUUUACUCUAAAGAGUACUCUCACCAGCCAUAUGAGAACACACACAAGAGACAAACCUUACAGUUGUUCUGUCUGUGAGAAAGCAUUUACUCUAAAGAGUACUCUCACCAGCCAUAUGAGAACACACACAGGAGACAAACCUUACAGCUGCUCUGUCUGUGAGAAAGCAUUUACUAAAAAGAGUCAUCUUACAGGCCACAUGAGAACACACACAGGAGACAGGCCUUACAGCUGCUCUGUCUGUGAGAAAGCAUUUACUAAAACGAGUUAUCUCACAAAACACAUCAGAAUACACAAGAGACAAACCUUACAGGUGUCCCAUCUUGAGGGGGAAAUUGGGGUCCGGUGGGACCCCAAGGUGCUCCCAGGCCAGCUGAGAGACAUAGUGCCUCCAGACUCAGGACACUCUGGAGUCCAGAGUGUCCUGAGUCUUCCCCGAUGGGACAUGCUCAGAACACCUCUCCAAGGAGGCGUCCAGGAGCCUGAGCUUCAGUCUCACCAAGAAAGCGAUGCUGUGAUGUCUAGAGUGGCCUUCUAUGUGAAGAGGAAACAAAGGCCUUUCAGGUGUGAGCGUGCCCAUGAGAGUCGGCAGACCCUGAGGAUUUUGAAGCAGUGGGAUGGGCUGGCAGUUCUGGAUGGGAUUCUGCACCACGUCACUAAAGAUCUUUUGACCAAGCACGAACGCUUCCAGUUUGUUGUACCAGAGGCCCUGAAAUCAUCUGUGCUCUCUGGCUUCCAUGACAAUGGUGGGCACCAAGGGCAGCCACGCACUCUAUCACUGGCUCGUCAGCAUUUUCUUUUGAAUGUACGCAACUAUGUAAAACAGUGUCUACGAUGUGUUCUCAGUAAGACCCCUGAACCAUCUGCUAGAGCCCCACUAGAGAAUAUAAAGACCAGUUUACCAAUGGAAAUGGUGUGCAUUGACUUUUGGUCUGCUGAGGACAGUAACAAGUCAGUGGAUGUCCUUGUGGUUAAGGACCAUUUUACUAAGUUGGCCCAUGCGUUCCCCUGCUGUGAUCAGUCCGCAAAGAGUGUGCUCAACCACUGCGACCAGUGUCCGAGCUUUGAGAGUGAAUUGGUGGUAAAGUUGCUGGACAUUAGGGAGUAUGUUGAGAUCUUUGCCCCCACGGACUAA